AUGACUGAGCUUGGGGGCUCUGCUCCCCAGUCGUAUUACAGACUGGCCCAAGAACGGGAAUUCUACAAGUAUAUCCCUCGUGAACAAUUCGCGUCGCAUUACGCCCCCUUCGACAAUGCUAGCCAGAAUACCUUCAAACCGCAGCCCUCCCGUGACACAGCCUUGAACUCGUUUGCCCAGCUAGGCGCUAUCCGUUUGGGGGCUCGGCAUGCGUUUAUCUCACUCUUCGAUCGGACCCACCAGCAUGUGGUCGCAGAAGCCACUCCGUCAUUGAGUUUGGUAGGCGGCCAUGUUCGUGAUCAGCGUGACAAUCUUCGACUGGGUUGCUGUGUGAUGCCCAAAGAGAAAGGACUCUGCCACUAUGUGGAGGGUCUACCGUCCAAGCAAGCUACGGAGUAUGCCGAUGUUGUAGGUGAUCGCACAUUGGUUGUCUUGGAUAUGAGCAAGAACAGCCGAUUCGACCGACGUGAAGUAUUGGACGCAUUUUCCGACGUCAAGUUUUAUGCUGCAGUUCCCAUCAUCAGCCCUCGAGGGUACACAAUUGGAGCUUACACUGUGAUGGACACCGAAGCGAGGACGUCAAAUCCCGACCAACGUGAUUUGCAGUUCAUGAAGGAUAUGGCUGGAACGAUCAUGGAGCAUCUGGCAGUGGAACACUCUGCACUCAAGAAUUACCGGGCGGAACGGAUGAUCGUCGGCCUAGGCAGCUUUGUGGAGGGCAGGUCAACUCUUCGUGAUUCAUGGCGAGAAGCCAACGCACAGUAUGCUGCCUCGGAACAGUCCGGAGAGACCGUAGAAGGCCAGUUGAAUAUUCAGCAACAGCAUCUCCAGGAACGUGCCACGAACAAAGGUCAAACAGACCUUGCUUUCCGCGACUCACCAGGGAAAGUCAAAGAUGACACCAAUUCUCAACCAAACUGCAACGGACCACGGUCAGACCGCAAUCCAAGAUCCAAGGUCGAAGUCGAAGACAAUACUGUCCGAAGUGUGCUUGCGGGAGAAACCCUCCAGGAUGACAGCCUGUCAUCCGGCAUCAAGCAGGUGUGCUCGCGAGCAGCUAACUUGAUUCGAGAAUCGAUUGGAGCUGAGGGUGUGAUAUUUCUUGAUGCCAACAGCGAGCGUUUUGGAAGCCUAGUCAAGCAAACCCAUCGCAAAGUCUCGGGACCAACCUCGAAAGACAUCUCUUCAAGCGGCGACGAAAGUACAGAUUCAGCAUCUUCUUCAAAACGUCACACGCCUGAUUCUGACAGAGAAUCUGAAUCAGAGAAUCCGCUUGUCUCUGAAUGUUUGGGCUUCUCAAGCUCCAGAACCUCGAGCGUCAAUGAUGGGCCGAGGUCUGGUCAAGCUAUUGUGAUUCCAGAGCCCCUCUUUACCUCCCUCAUUCGUCGAUAUCCCCGUGGGAAGAUUUUCAUUUAUGACGCCAAUGGAUCCGUUUCAGAGGACAGCGACACAAGGAGCACCGGGCCAGAGUCCAAUCUUCCUGCCGUCGUCUCCCGAGGUGGCAAGGGACGCCCUAGAAGCAAGAAGCGACGCAGACCACAUUUCAAACAAGAUGCCGACAAUUUGAUCAAAAUAUUUGCCAAUGCCAGAAAUAUCCUUCUUCUUCCCAUUUGGGACUCCGACAAAGGCAGAUGCUUUGCCGGAACACUAGUCUGGACUAACGAUCCAGGUCGUAUCUUCACAUCGGAAAAUGAGCUCGUGUACAUCUCGGCCUUCACGAACAGUAUGAUGGCCGAGAUACGGCGAUUGGAUGUUGAGAUAGCAGAGAAGGCCAAAACCAAUCUUGUCAGUAGCAUCACCCAUGAACUUCGAAAUCCGUUGCAUGCAAUUUUAGGAACGGCGGACAUUCUUAGUGACACAGCUAUGAAUGCUUUACAACAUGGCAUGGUUCACACAAUCGAAUCAUGUGGUCGGACCCUUCUGGAUACCAUCAACAAUCUUCUUGAUCUCACCUUCAUCGACAAGUACCAGAAGAAAGUCCCGCGGUCAAAGCGGAAGCCGAGAAAGAAGCACCAAGCAUUGCCCGCAGGUUCGAAGGAAACGAGCGGCGGUUCAACCCAGGACCGUGGACGAGAUGUUUCAUAUACGCAUGUUGAACUGGAUUCAGUGCUUGAGGAGGUUGCAGACUGUGUGUUUGCGGGAUAUAGUUUCUACACUCACCCACAGGCACCUCCUCCAGCCUUGACUGGGGACUCCUCACGAUGGGCCGGCCCAACGAACAAAUCCGACACAGUCGGCCCUAGAGCCAGUCAAGUUACGAUCAUAUUCGAUAUUCAGCCAGACACGGAAUGGGACUUUUACACCCACGCUGGAGCCUGGCGCCGUAUCCUUAUGAAUGUUUUUGGAAAUGCCCUCAAAUACACACCCUCGGGGUAUAUCUACCUUGGAUUGAAAUCUGUGCAACACGAAUCCGGGUCCGCAGACGAAAAUACUGAAUUCGAGGUCACCCUUACUGUCAAGGAUACUGGCAAAGGUAUCGGGGCGCAGUAUCUCCAAAAUGACAUAUUCAACCCGUUCACACAGGAAGAUCCUCUUGCGUCUGGAAGCGGUUUGGGGCUGAGCAUAGUUCGACAAGCCGUCGGAUUUCUCAGUGGGUCCAUUGAGAUUGAAUCAACUCAGGGAGUUGGAACAACUCUCUCGAUUCGAACUCCACUCACCCGUUCCCUUGGUACAUCGGACACCUCAUCAUCAGACUCGAAGUUUAGCUCCUUGCAGGGAUAUACGCAGGAAAAGACAAUAGGUCUCCUAGGGUUUGGAUCCUCCCUUCACUCCCAACGAGAUACGGCCCUUUAUUCGUCGUUGGAGCGACUGUGUCGCGAUUGGUUUGGCUUGAAGGUGUCCAACGUGUCGCCCAUCAAAGGCGAGCAUUUCCUGUUCGACUUUUACUUGGCCGUGCAGACUGAGCUGGAUAGCGAGGAUACCGAGGGGAGGAACUUGUUUGCCCUAGCCUCACAGCUUGCUUACAAGGAUGGUUGUCGCUCACCGGUUGUCGUUAUUUGCCAGUCUCCCGAGGAAGCUCAUCGACUAUUUGUUGCAGCCCAGAACCGUGAUCAAACGGCCUUCUUCGAAUUUAUCAGCCAGCCAUGUGGACCGCGGAAACUGGCUCGCGCGUUGAACAUCUGCAUUAAGAGGCAGACGGAUCAUGAAGCUGGUCGCCCCAGUGCUGAUGAGCCAACUCACUGGGUAGAGAUGCCGGAAUCAUCUCAUCUACCAAUAGACCUCGGGGCUGUUGAUCCGCCCAAAGAACGAAUGAAAAUCAGCAAGCGACCAACAGCGGAUACAAUGGCCGGUCCAGAUCAUGAAGAUGCCCAGUCUUCACUAAAUGCCCAACUCCAAGAAGCAAAGCCACAGAGUGUCACCGGUACGAUGCCUAAUACCGAAAAGGCGGAGCAAGAGACUCAGGCAGAUUGUCCUGGAUCGACAGUCUUGCUGGUCGAUGACAAUGAUCUGAAUCUGCAGUUACUAUGUGCCUACACAGAAAAGUGUGGUCGUAAUUAUGUGACUGCGAAAAAUGGCGCAGAAGCGGUGGAGAUAUACAAAGCCGACCCUGGCAAGUACCAAGUUGUCAUCCUAGAUAUAUCAAUGCCCGUCAUGGAUGGAUUUGAGGCUUCCCGACAGAUGCGCCGCUCAGAGAAGGAACACCGGGCAGGCUUACCUGAAGCAGCCCAAAAAGGGCUGCCAGAUACAAUCAUUGCCGCAUUGACUGGGCUCGAUAGUCCCAAUGCCCAAAAAGAGGCUUUCGGGUCUGGUAUCGACACAUUCCUGAUUAAGCCUAUAAAGCGAGGAGAUGUACAGGCCAUCCUGGAUCGAAUGAAAACGUGA